AUGGUGAUAUAUAUUGUUAUGGAUAGUGCAGGAGGACUUGUGAAAUAUACUGAUAAAGGAGAGCAGCUAGAGGAACGCAGUCUUCAACAUUCUCCAGAACACUCGGUGCCCAUCAAUGGUGUUCACAGUGUGCACUUCGUGCUAAUUCAUGGAGGCAGCCAUGGUGCAUGGUGCUGGUACAAGGUGGCAACUAGGUUGAAAUCUGAGGGUCACAAUGUUACAACAAUUGAAUUGGCUGCUUCUGGCAUCAACCCAAAGCAGGUGCAGGAGAUUAUGUCAAUAUCAGAGUACUAUGAACCUUUGAUGACAUUUUUGGCUUCUCUUCCUCCGAAGGAAAAAGUGAUUCUUGUGGGUCACAGUGUUGGUGGGUUAUCCACGUCUGUUGCUAUGGAAAAGUUCCCUGAGAAAAUCUCAGUUGCAGUUUUUGUUACUGCUUAUGUGCGGGAUGCUUAG